GGUCAUUCGACGUGGGUCUAGGUCAGCACUCCGAAUACACAUAGUCGAGACACGUAUGCAAUCAGAAUUAUUGAUUUGUGGGAGAUACACAUAUGCAUCAAAUAUGUAGGUUAGUCAUGACGACCGGCCACGACCACAACAAUCCGAUAAUUGCGCCCUUAAGCAGCAUGUACAAGAAAUAUUCGAUAAACUGGCUUAUGACACUUUAUUAGAUACUGUUGCGUUGUCGCGGAAGGAUAUACUAGUUGCCCCAUUUUGCUUAUCGGAGCUGCUACCUGUUACCAAUUACCAAAAUGAAGCAUCAGCAAGUUGUUGUUGACUACUGGACCAUGCUGAAGACAUCGGCAUUGUGUCUGAUAUUGGCUGUAACGGGUUUUAUAUUUCUCAGAAUGGUGCAAACGAUCUUUUGGUUGCCCAAACGUUUCAAUCAGAACCAGGAACGAUUGGAAGCCUUGGCCAAGCAAUAUAGCGAACAAAUGGAUCCGGAGGAACGCGCUGAAAUCGAAAAGAUUUUCAACAGCAAGGAACCCCUAACAGAGGCGCAAAUUAAUAAGUUGCUGGAUGGUUCCAAAUCGGAGAUCGAAGAGCCCAAAAAAGAACAGUAGACACUAAGUAUGAAGUACACAUAAGAAUUUUAAAUGAAUAAAUACAUAUCUGGA